UUUUGUAAAUAUCACAUUGUCGUCAAAUUGUAUUCUUGAUUUUUCCAAAGUGCUAAAUUUUUUGUUAAUAUUUAUUUACUGAAAUUAUACAAAAUUUAUUGUUAUAAUUAGACAAACACUCAGCAAUUGUGGCGCCAUUGCAGAAUGGUGUAUAUAGACCGAGAUGGUCGUGUCUUGGAGCGGAGACCAUGGAGUGUGGCGCGUGUGCUGGAGAUUUGCACAAGCAUUUGGUUUGUGACUGUCACAUUCUUUAGAACACUGAUGGCUCCCUUCAUGAAUAAUGACAAUCCGCGCAGUAAUACGCGACCGAGUAGAUGGGGAACCGGUGGUGGUGGAGGUGGUCCAGGUGGAGGUGGCGGUGGUGGACGAGGCGGUGGUAAUGGUGGCGGCUUCAAUCAAGGCCUUCGUCCAAAUCGUCGCAUCGGACGUGUUGUUAAUACAUCAAUGGAUUGUAAUAUACCUGGUGGCGGAUGAGCACGGUAACGUGUCCAAGCAAUUUUUGACGUUGCAUAAAGUUUUUCAGAUGAAGAAUUACUUUAAGCACGCUUGGACACAACAGACUUAAUCAUCACCCCCAAAAGCACUGUUAAAACAACUCGAAACCUUUGACAUCGCCGGCAGUGCGUUAUACUUUGUCGAUCUUUUGGCAUUUAUUGCUUCUAUGACGAUCAACUUUGCAACCCUAAGUUGGGAGAAGUUGUUCUGAAAAUUAUAAGUCGACAAGGUGUAAUUUUUGAGGCUUACUCUAAUAGCUAAAUAUACAUUUACAUGUAAAUAUAACGAAUAUGCUUUAAUACAUAGUCAAGAUCAGUGCAAUAGCCAUGUUUUCGAAUACAUACUUAUGUUACUAAAGAUAAUUUUUGUGAAUAUAGAAAAUUUGUUCCGUCUCUAUGGAAUUUAUCAACAGUAAA